AUGAAACUCUCCAUUAGUAUUGUUUUUCUUGUGUUGUUGUUGGCAUGUGCUGUAUGUGCAUUAGAACAACAACAACACUUGACUCAACCAGAUUCUUCUGUAAAGCUUGCCAAGUUGAUUCAAGAACUCGUCAAGAAGGAAAUCAAAAGAACCACAAGAAGAAUGAUCAGACAAGCAAUGAGAGAGGAGGAAACACUUGCAGAACAAUCAGACAGUUACUACUACUACAACCACGCACCAUACAAUACCUAUGGACGUGCAGUGGAUUUCAUUCGUGGCAGAAAUAAUGGUAAUAACAGAUUACUUGCAGAUGCGCAAUCAUCACCACCUCCAGUGUCACGUGCUGGUUGUUACAACCAAUGUUAUGAAAAAUAUGGUGGAAUGUUUAACGAACUAUUUACUUCCAAAGUUGAAAGAUGCAAGGCCACCUGUCGAUUUUAUUUUGUUGAGAAAUAA